GGAGUGGCUCAUUUUGCUGCCCGCUGCACUGAACUGGACUCAGAGCUCGUGCAGGUUCAUGCUGAGCUGAGCUGUGCUGAGCUGGUAGAGCAGCUGGAGUUUAAACUGACUGAUAUUUUUCUCUCUGGAUUAAAACAGAAACCAGCUCAGCUGGAGGAGCUUCGUCAGAGGAUGAUCCACCCUGUCUGGAGGCAGAUGGCCUGGACUUUACUUUGGGCAGGUUUCCUGGGCCUGCAGUUCAUCCUCAGUGCGGCUGAAGAUGUUGUCCAGCACAGUCCGGUUCUUCACAGACAAAAGCGAGAAUGGAGGUUUAACAUAUUGCUUGCUUUUGAGGAAGUACCACCCCAAAUUCUUCCACAGCAAAUUGGACAGCUAUCUAAACACCCAUACAGGCGCCAAUACUCAGUUUAAAAUCUCUGGAGAAGGAGUGGAUGGAGUGAAUGACCUCUUUACUGUGAAUAAGGCUGGAGCGAUCUUGGUUAUGGCCACUCUGGAUCGAGAGAAGAAAAGCUCCUACAAACUGAAAGCUCACAUCAUUGACACCAUCACCAAACAGCCCCUGGAGGAUGACAUAGAAUUCACUAUAGAUGUACAAGACGUUAACGACCACGUGCCAGUCUUCUCUGAGACCUACACUGGAUCCAUCAGGGAGCGCUCACACCAAGGAGCUGCAGUGCUGACUGUUAGAGCCACUGAUGCAGAUGAUCCAACAACUCCCAACGGAAACGUCGCAUAUAAGUUGUUGAAUGGAUCACAAUAUUUCAGCAUUGACAGAAACACAGGUGAAAUCACUGUUCAGGAUAAUAAACUGGACCGUGAGACUCAAAGUCAGUAUAAACUGAUUGUCCAGGCCUCAGACUUACCUGGCUCACCUGGAGGACUCAGUACAACCACCAUAGUGACCAUUAAUAUAAACGAUAUCAAUGACAACAUGGCAACCUUCAAAAAAGGAAUCUACAGCUUUAGCGUGAAAGAAAACGAGGAGCCACACUUCACAGUCGGCACGUUACCUGUGGUGGACCGGGACAAGAAGCAGAACAAAAAACCCAGAUUUACUCUGCAGAACUUUAAUGACAUGUUCUACGUGGAACUGGAUGACCAAAACAAUGGAGCUCUCAAACUCAUAAAGAGCCUGGACUAUGAGACCAGUUCAACUUACAGCUUUAAAGUGGAGGUCAGAGAAGACGGCGUGGCUCAGCCUCCAGAUAAUCAGGGAUCCAUGCUGACCACUGCCCAAGUGUACAUCACUGUGCUUGAUGUUGAUGAACCACCGGUUUUCAGCGAGACGGAGUACACCUUUGACGUCCAAGAGGGCCCGAUUAGAAAUAAAGUCAUCGGCUCCGUCUCAGCCAGAGACCCAGACAGGACCAACUACAGGAUGAAGUACUCCAUCAGGGGGCACAACUGUCCACUGGAAAUAGACGAGAAUACAGGUCAGCUCGCCCUGAAGGAAGAACUGGACCGAGAAACAGAGGCCACACACCUGUGUGAUGUCACAGCACAGGAAAUAUCUCCAAGCGGUGUAGGACUAAAAGGGUAUGCGAUUGUCAAGAUAAAGGUUCUGGACAUCAACGACAACCAGCCGGAACUGAUCAAUGCGAGUAACAUUUACAUCUGUGAUAAUGAUAAAAAUGGAACCAUCAUUGGAACCAUUGGGGCUACCGACAAGGACAAAAACCCUAGACCGUUCCGGUUCAUUCUGGCAAAAAGGAGCUCCAAAUUCUCCCUCCAUGACAACCUAAACAACACUGCCACCAUCGUGUUGACCCAUCAAGACCUUAGCACGGACACUUUGGAAGAUAACUUUCUGGAGAUUGAAAUCUCAGACGGACAUCAGAAGAGCAUCAACCAGUUAUACAUCCGAGUGUGCACGUGUUUGAAGGACCGGAUAUUUGAGUACUGUAAGGCCCACGCCCACACCGGGGUCAGCGGCAGUGCACUCAUUGCCAUCCUGCUCUGCAUCGUCACCAUCCUGGGACCAGAGCUUGGAGUCUACUGACUGUUUGCAGCAGGGGGUGCUCCAGCUACAUUGGCUAAAGGAAAGCAAAAGGGCUGUGGGCUGCUUCGGCUGUUGCAUCUGUCAUCCGUCUUCCCGCUGACCAGACCAAACCAGACCAGACCCAACCUGACACUUCUGUGUAGUUUACUGCCUUUACUUCAUGUUCCUUUUUAUCAUAGAUAAUUUAACUAUUUUAAAAGUAGGAAUGAGCGCCUACAAAUCAGCUGACUGUAUUUUCCUUUGGUCCUGGGUCAGUUAGUUUGCUUUUGUCCUCUAUCUUAUCCAUUUUUAACAUGGGUAACACACAAAAUAUCAAAAUAUAUAACAUAUUGUUGUUUUGUAAUUGUCACCACUGUUCCUGUAGCUACUCAGAAAAGUACUUGUAACAAGAUUACUUUACUUUUUUCCAGGAAGUAAUCAGUAAUCUCACUAGACAUUACAUCUGAGUUCCUCUCUAAAACAAAAACACAUCUGUACCAGCUGUACAAACCCAACAGUCCUUUAAGCACUUUAUUUACAAACAAACAGCUGAUGACUUUUAUGCCUCAGUCAAGAAAACUAUAAACUGAGUAAUUUUCUGGUAAAACAAGCUACGUUAGAUGAGCAUCAGUCUCGUUUCAAGACUGUGUUGUUCAGUGCUGGUUGUGAUGUCAGUAAAAUCAGUGUCCAGUUGUAAAAUGUCUGCUCUGAGAUUAAGUACUAGCUUUAGAUUAAAUAUGGGUUUAGUCCUGUUUCAACAUCAGACAGCUUGUUUCAGUAACAGUGGAAUCUUCCUCCACUAGUGUUCACUAGAGCACUAAUGUUGCAAAUACCAAAAAACUGAAUGAAGAUAUGAAGAUGUGAAUAUAUGUGUUGCAGCGUGCGUUGCUGUUUUUAAUUCGUAAACUGAUCAGAACUUUUUGAGCAAAGUGAGAUCUUCAUCUGCAUGCGGCAGGAUGUUUAGAAGGACAAAUAGUUUAUGGCCCAUGGCAUUAAUUAGAAUCACACUAAUUAAUUUAUAUUUUUUAGCUACAUUACUCUGCUGCGAAAACCAGCAUAAACAAGCACAGCUGGUCACCAGUGAAACCAGCAUAUGUUGUGUUUUGGAUGUGGUUGCUUGGAGGCCAAUUAAACCAGCAUAAAAUAGCUUCAGUGUAAAACUAAAAACUGACAAAAAACUUGUUUUGGCUGAUCAACUACAUUUGGGGUAAGGGGGAAACUUUGCUAUUAACGUUUUAACCUCUUAUUCUCCAGGG